AAAAAGACGCCUCGAUGAUCUCGUGAAACUCGUAUUACAGAAACAGACGUGUUUCCAUCGUUGAAGAUUAUUUAAAUCUGUGAGAAGUGGGUGAUCCUACGUACCAUGAUCAGGGGCGCGGUGCCUCUCAGAUCGAACUCGACCUCCUCGAGGAACACCCUGAAUAUUGUCACGACCAGGGAGGAAAGACGUCGGACCGGAAGAUACGUGGCAGGUGGUGCUGUGCUGGCAAUCAUGCUUCUGGCCGUGCAUCAAGCGCUCCUCAGGGACGCGUCCACCAUAGCCGGUGUCUGCAUACCGGCCAUAAUAAUGAUCUCCUAUAUUAUAUGGAUCUUGUAUUCCGCCCAUCGAGACAGACGAAAGGCGUUGAGAUUCGCGACGGCGAUGCAGCUGACAGAAGUAAUCAGCGUGCCACCCAGGCCCAACGAGAUCUGCAGAAACGGGGCGAGCAAGGACGAGACACGAAAAUCAAACGGUUCGAAAUCAGCCUACGGUGUUCGAGAGUCGUCGUCCCGCGAAAAUCCUGCCUUCUCUUCCAAGGACGAAGCUGCGUGAGAGGAAACUCGUUCGACUCUAUCGCAUCGGAUG